UUAUUUCACCCUCACUUGCAUUGAUUGGUUGGUUGGGAGUCUGGCGAUCCCCAGAGGGGAGAUUAUGUGAUAUAAUGAAUGAAUAUAUGGUAUAAUGAAUGUAAAACCAUGUGACCAUUAUCAAUUAUUCAGUUAUCAUUAUCAAAGGCUGAGGCACGAAGGCCAAAUGCUCGUGCAUGAAUAUGUGUGAACCAGGUCUACAUGCAGGAAGCUAUGAGGGGACAGCAUGUAAAGAAUAGGGUGUGAGCUUAACAGGAAAUAACAAGUUAUCAACCUGCCAACUAUAGUCUGACAUACAUGACGAAGACGUCAUGUACAGUUGCCGAGCAUGGCUACAUCCAGUCUCGGUGCUAGCAUCUUUGCUAAUAUCUGCAAAGAUAUGCUUUUAGGCUGUGCUUUAACCAACAAUUGUACUUAAGACUCGUGCUCUGGAAAGACAGUUCAUCACUGCACCACGUGCACACAACUUUGAUUUAUUAACAUCCAAAGGAAAGCUGUAUGACUACAUAAUGCUGUUGAGGUCAUUACAUUCCAGUUCUCCAUGUCCAACAGGAGGGGUGGGUAAAAUGCUUCAAGUUAACUUGCCCUACCUUUGUUUGAACCUGUUUAUGCAGUAAAAACUUUUUUACUAACAUAGUACUCAUUUGUGGGGUAAACAAAUAUAUCACUUAUCCCAGUUUGUGGCAUUGCACAAUAUUACAGUGAAGUGGGUAUGUAGGUGUGAUUUAUGACACCAUUCUGACUGGGUUUAUAAUGGUGAUAAGUAAGCUUUUUAUGAGCUGAAAAGCAAUUCAGAACAUUUCUGAACAAUAAGAUAGCGUGCACACCCACAAAUACACCCACACUGUAUGGAUCCUUUUUAAAUGUUCAAAUCUCCACCCUCUCACCCCCUAUAUGCUAAGUACAGUAUAUAUUCUUCUGUAGAAGCGUGGUGGGGCUGCAUGCUACACUUCUUUAAGAGCUGCUGAAGUCACCACAGCUAAGAAACAUCAAGAUUAGGCAUGACUUCAGGGUUGGGAACAGUCCUGCUGAGUUUGGCCCUGAUGGCAGGGCCCGCUGUAGCCUUUGUCCCCAUCGGGGGUGGGGCAUCCACUCAUAUCAGCAUCACAGGUACAGCUCUAUUGCAAAAAGUGACGGAAACAUGUCGGGCGGUGGCUGAGGCAGCUGGUCAUGAAUUCAAACCCACGGGUUCCUCUCCUGAGGAGUUGGUUAAGGCCUGUCUAGGACCCACAGCAAAAGGAGAGGUGUCAGGUGCUAAGUUUCACUCUGCUCUUCAAGAAAUCUACACCCAGAAUGGACUGGUAGACCGUGACUUUGUCAACAGUGCGCCACAUCAUUUCAACUCAGAGGACUUCCUGGGGGGACGACGCCUAAUCACAGAGGGCAUGGUUGCCAUUAAAGCUAAUGUUCGUGAAGAGAACUUCCAGGCUGCCAGGGAAACACUGGGCAAAGUUCUUCAUACACUCCAGGACUUCUACAGCCACAGUAACUGGGUGGAGCUGGGAUACACAGAGCCAUACAUCAACCUCAUACGCUCAGAUCUGCCACUGGAAAACCUAGCAGAUGUCAACACUGCCACCUGCAGUGACUGUGCCAGUGGAACAUGCCCUAAUCCCAUCCUCCCCAACAUCCUGAAAGAGAAGAAACUUACAUCAGGCUACAUGGGAAUAUUCUCUUCUGCCAAGCCGAAAGGUAAAUGUAGCCAUGGAGGCGAAGGUGACCUGACUAGUACAACAGUUCCUCGUGGUGGCAUCAACAAAGAUGAACGUCGCUCUGACAAUGUGGCCUUCCAUACUGCUGCUGUGAAUGCAGCUGUAGCUGCAAGUCUCCAGUUGCUAGAGGACAUCCGGUUAGCUGUCGGGGACAAUGACUUUCUGAGAAUGAUGGGGAUUGCCCGCUCAUCUGUUGUGUGCUUUGUUAUUGACACUACCGGUAGUAUGUCUGAUGAUAUCGAUGAAGCCAGGGCGGUUGUUUAUGAAAUCAUUGACAGCAAAAAAGGAACACAGGAUGAACCCUCCGAGUACAUCCUGGUGCCCUUCAAUGACCCCAGUUUUGGGCCUAUGAUCAGGACAACAGACCCUGAUAAGAUGAAAAAAGAAAUCUCUAAACUCAAAGCGACAGGAGGGGGAGAUAUCCCUGAGAUGUGCCUGUCGGGACUUCAGUUGGCUCUGACUGGUGCCCCAGCUUCCUCCCACAUCUAUGUUUUCACUGAUGCCAUAGCCAAAGACAUUGCCCUAAAGGACACGAUUGUUGCUCUCAUCAGAAGAACCAAGUCAACGGUGUCAUUCUUCAUGACCGGGGCAAGUAGGAGGCGCCGUCGUUCCAUCAGAGCUGCUUCCUUUGACGAUUACAAAGACCUGGCUCUGGCCUCUGGUGGCCAGGCCAUCCAGGUGUCCAAGAAACAGCUGCCUGAGGCCACAGAUGUGAUCCUUGACACCUCUACUUCAGCUCUGGUUACAGUUCUUCAUAGAGCAAGGCACCCUGGGAAGCAGGAGACCUUUCCUUUCAUGCUGGAUGAAUCUCUUCAAAACGUCACCAUCUACAUCACAGGAACAUCCAUUACUUUCACACUGACCAACCCUGCAGGUGUGAGCCAGAGCAACACUGAGGCCAGUGGUAAACUGGGGACCAUUAAGACAGUUGGUAACCUGAGGAGAAUUCGUCUCAGUGCUGACAAGCUGACAGGAACCUGGCAGCUCAACAUCAAGUCUAACCAACCAUAUACUCUCAAAGUUACAGGCCAGAGUACUAUUACAUUUAUCUAUGACUUUGUGGAAAGCUUCAAGGGACCUCACCCAGGUUAUGCAGUACUCAGUGGACGUCCACAAGCAGGCCAGCCAGCUACCCUGAUGGUUUCAGUAAUGGGAAGGAAAGGUCCAUCCUCGAUGACUGUUGGAAACAUUGGCCUUAUAACUGUGUCUGGUCCUGAGGCUGUGAGCAAUAGCACAAUGACUGACAUGGGCAACGGAGACAUCCUGGUGACUGUUGAUGAGGUUCCUGAGGGAGAGUUUGUGGUCAUUCUGAAAGGAACAGACAAAGUGUCAAACAGUGAAUUUCAGAGGCAGUCUACUACCCAGAUGUCUGUCUCCAAAGUGAACAUCCAGGCUGUGGUGGACAGCAGUGUGGAGCCAGGAGAAGCCUUCAAGCUCCCCUUCAGUGUAAUGACCCAGGGCCCUGGUGGACAGUACUCAAUCAAUGCCAGAAAUGACAGAAACUUCCCCAUGUCCUACCCAAACAGCCUCACCUUGACAACCGGACAAUAUACUAAUAAUACGUUGACCAUUACACCACCUGCCAGCACACCAUCAGGCACUGAUAUCACUCUGACUAUGGAAGCCAAGUCUUCCAGUGGUGUUGACUCCAAUUACGUCGUUAUGAGAUUAUCUGUUGUUAGCAAGAUCACAGAUUUUGUUCAGCCUUUGUGUGAAGUGGUUAGCGUGUUGGCUGCUAAUUGCCCUCAAGAUGUGUCUCAGUGUAGACCUUUCCAGUGGGAGCUCUCUGCAAACCUUACAGAUGGAAACGGCACCGGGAUAGAGAGCAUCUCCCUGCGACAGGGCAAUGGAACGCUCUCACACACCUCGCUGACUGAUCCCAUCAUCCAGGCGAACUACAAUGCCUCCUGCUGCUCGCAGAUUGUUGAGUUCGUAGCUGUAGAUAAAGUUGGCAAUGUGGGAAAGUGCUAUCACUCAAUUGUUCGUUCGGGUGGCCCUCCUGCUUUAACUCUGUCGCUGCCACUGUGGUUGUGCCUGCUGGUGUCUGUCUUUGUGGUGAGGCCUUGAAGGGCAUAGGGUAGGUUGCUCAGCAUCUUAUGUCUGCAUGCUGCAUUUGGUAUUGAAUACACCAUUUGUGGUUCCAAAUGAUUUCAAAUGUGCCUCUGCUAUGGAAUGAAACUCUCUACUAGUGAAUGUCAUCUGAUGCUCAGAUACCCUGCUUAAAUAAAAUGUGAGCAUUGAUUAA